AUGGAUCAUUCAGGCUCACGAUUGCGGAUCUCGGAACACCCCAUCCCGAACGGGUUGCUUGUGUAUCAGGUUCGAGGCAAACCGGGUCAUCCACGGCUUCUAGCGCCCCCGUCAACGGAGAGACGGAGUCCGGGUCCGUCCCAGUUGCUGCGAUCGCGGGAAGGGGCGCUCAUCACAGCAGCUGUCUGGUUGUUCCUUCGCCGGCGCACAAAGUGCCAUCCAGCGGGCUCGGAACAAGACAACAGCGCGGACGAGGGCGGCGAGAUCAAACACCCGAGACCGCGCGAGGCUGAGGCUCCCCACGGCCAGGUCGAACCGACGGCUCGCCGCUUGGCAGCCGAGAUGACACCCUGA